AUGACGCAGGAGCAGCGAACAGGCGCGAAAAACACAUUCUCGAUCGCCAGAUCAAAAUUUCGCAGUUCGGCGCAUUGCGAAAAGUUGUGCGCGAGCACGAUACCAACAUUUGGGCACUUCACUAUAUUUUUCCACUCACUAUUUGACGACGAAGAAACCGCGGAAAUCGCGCAGGAGCUUCCACGCGCGAUAACUCCGAACAACGGAGCGUCGAAAUGUCGCCGAAAUUCGAUAGAUAAGAAUCGAAAUGACUACCGGCGAAUGUCGGAAAUCGUCCGAGCACCUUGCACACGACACCAUUUCGUGAAUGCAUACGGCACCAUUUCGCGGUUGCACCAUUUCAGCUCCUCGAGCGAGAAUCCGGCGAAAGGAGCAUUUCUCGAGCACUAUAUACACUCGCGGUCGUCGCGUAUUUCGAUAAUGAACAAUGAAUAUAUGUAUUUCUCGCUCUUUGCCGAGUAUUUCCGACUCGAUGGUUCACGGCAGAGGCCCAACGUACGAUGCCGAGCAACAUGGCGGCGCGUCGCGACGUACUUGAUUACGAGCUUUUCAUGGCGCCCAACGACCUUCGACACGACGGCACGGAAAUACGACCAGAGACGCGCGAUCGGACUUGCGACGAUUAACCAUAUAAAGAUACUCGACACUGUUAACAUUCGCACUCGUAUACUGUCGCGACCCGGACCGGCAAAAAAGCACGCAAGCAUCAGUCCCAAACCGAAGCUUUGCUGCAGGAAGAAGCAAAAAACUUACCUCGAUCAUGGUGAACGAUGUGAUAACGUGACAACUAUACGAAAGAUUCAAUUUCCGGAGGAAAAAAUGUCAUCCGUCACUAGAGACGAUUAUUACAUCGAGAAUUACUACGAUUAUGCCAUUCAUCCACGUUCAUUCAAUAAUUACACCGUUCCAACGACGCAUCUCCACUGGAAUUCAUUAACCCGUCUCGUCCUGACGAUCCUGUUGCGCAUCGGCUUCGUCCUCGUGCAAAUUGGCAGCGUGCCGAUCAACAACGUUAAUCUGAUACUCCUUCAAAAUCUGGUCGAUCUGUGUUGCGUCACCGUGAUGUACUUCCUCACUGGUUUCCUCGUCGCCUACAACGGCGACGUGGCUGGUUUGAUCGGCGAAGGUCACUGGAUCGGUGAUCCCACGAUCGACAAAAACGAAGCGAUCAUCGGCUGGCAAGCGGUGGUGAUCGCAUCGGCGAUCUGCACCGGUGUUAUCGUGGGCAGAAUGCACACAGUGGGAUAUCUGCUGGUGAAUAUUCUCUUAGCCGGUCUGAUACAACCGCUGCUGAUCCACUGGGCCUGGACCGCUCAAGGAUGGAUGGCGGAGAACGAAUUGGGCGGAAGAAUAGUCACUUUCAAGGAUUACGCUGGUGCUGGAGUAGUCCACGUCGUCGGAGGAUUUUCAGGUCUGAUUGGAUGUCUCGUUCUCGGCAGAAGAAUACUCAUAUUGAGAGAUCUGGAUGAUGCGAGUAUCACCGCCGGUUCCCCUGGGACAGUUUUCGGAGGUCUCCUAUUAAUAUUUGCCGGACUUCAAGGCUUAUGCAUGAAUACGCAGGACCGUGACAAACUCCGAAUCUAUAUGCAAGAUCCAUCGUACGCGUAUGUCAAUAAUUUGCUAGCCGCGUCCUCGUGUACCCUGUUGGUCGUCGCUCUGCAUUUCACAUUCAGCCGAGAAGCCUUCAAUCAUUGGACGGUGAUGAGAUGUGUUCAAGGCACAAUCGCCGGUGUAGUGAUAGUAUCGGCUGCGGCGAACGAUUAUUCGCCGCAAAUAGCUAUUGUCUUGGGUUGUCUGGGUGGUAUUGCCUUCUAUUUGACCUCCAAACAGGUCUUUCGCAGCGCUCUGGAGGAUUACUGCAAUAUUAUAGCUAUACACCUUGUUUGCGCGAUUCUCGGUAGCGCGUUGGCUCCUCUCUGUCUUGCAAGCACCGACGAAGAUACCGUGACGAUACUAUUGAGUUUCUCCUGGCAAUUAAUUUGCUUGGUCGCGUUAUUGGCUCUGGUUGCUACGGCGAUGUUGCUGGUCUUCGGCAUCCUGGAAUGCUGCGGAAUACUUCGUAAUAGAUCGGAAUGUUUCAAUCAUGCACGAGCUAAUGCUGCCAUCGGCAGAGGUCCACCGAGAUCGUUUCUGCAAAGACUUUUCUUUCCUGAUAGCGGAUGCCUCUAUUUGCAACCUAGCUCGAUCUCCGAUCCAAAACAUGGGCCAAGUGUUGGUUCUAGAUCUUGGAAGUAUCAAAAAGAGAUAGACGAACUUGAAGAAGGGAGAUCUAUCGAGAGGAAACCAAAUGUAAAUGUUAAGAUUGAUGAUGAAGUUAUGAAAGUUCAAGUACCAGAAGCAAGAGUAAAGAAAGCAAGACAAGUGCAUACUUUGUCUGGAUUUACACCUGCGUUGAUAGAGGACCAAGGUGGUACUGGUGAAUCGAUUAACAAUGAUCUUUUGGAAAUUGGAAGAAGACUUUUUGGCAAAGAAAUAAAAUAUAUUUUAGAUCCUAUUGAAGAAAUAGAUGAGGAGAUCUUGAAAGAAUUUGAAAUCAAAGAGGGUAACGUUCGACAUAAAAUUGAAGAUUAUAAUGUUAAUGAUAAAAGUUUAAUUUUGACGGAAAAUUUUAAUACGAGAGCUGCAAAACCAAAGAAUUUGAACGAGUCGAAUUAUCAGCUUCGGAGAACCGUAAAACUGACAAAUUUAUAUCAUGAAUUUAUCAAAGAAGACGUGAAAAUCGUUUUGGAACCGAAACGCGUAGAUUCUUCAUCCAGCGAUUCGUGUGAUGAAGACACUAUCUUUGAAAAGACGCCAGAAUUGAACGCGCGCGAAUCCACAAAAGAUAUCGCAAUAAACAAUGAUUCAUUAAUUUAUAGUGUAAAUUAA